AUGGAACAGAAGAAUGGCGCGCUCAGCGCCAUCGAGACGCGAGACCACCGCGAGAUCCGGCGGCGAGAGCACCACGAGGCAGACAUUGUAAUUGUGGGCGCGGGUGUACUGGGAUGCGCGGCGGCGGUCGCUUUUGGCAAGCAGGGGCGUAGCGUGAUACUGCUGGAGAGGAGUCUGAAGGAGCCAGAUCGGAUAGUGGGGGAGCUGCUGCAGCCUGGUGGGGUUCGCGCUUUGGAGGAGCUGGGUUUGAGAGAUUGUCUGGAGGGCAUUGAUGCGAUACCCUGCUACGGCUAUCAAAUCGACUUCCACAAGGAGAACGUACACAUUCCGUACCCAUCCAAUCUCACACCCACAUCCAACCGUCGUCCAGAAGGGCGCGCCUUCCACCACGGCCGCUUUAUCCAGAAAUUACGAGAGGCCGCGCGCGCUGCUCCCAACGUCACAGUUGUCGAGACCACCGUCACAGACAUCGUCAAGGACUCAUAUACUAAUCAGAUACUAGGCGUAGAAGCGCAGACAGCAGGAAAGCCAGACUACUAUUUUGGCGCACUCACAUUGGUCGCCGAUGGCUACGCGAGCAAGUUCCGGAAAGGCUACAUCAACAAGACGCCACAAGUACGGAGUAAAUUCUGGGCUCUGGAGCUGAUCGAUGCGGACCUCCCCCGGCCAAACCACGGUCACGUUAUUCUGAGCAACGCACCCCCGAUCCUCAUCUACCAGAUCGGCACCCACGAAACCCGCAUCCUGAUCGACGUCCCUGAAAACUGCCCUUCCGCGAGCGUAAAGGCCGGUGGCAUCAAAAACCACAUGCUUAACGUCGCGCUCCCCGCGUUGCCAAAAUCCGUGCAACCCUCGUUCCGGAGAGCCCUCGAAGAAGGCAAGCUCCGCAGCAUGCCGAACUCGUUCCUGCCACCUGCAACGCAGAAAACACCCGGCAUGAUCAUCCUCGGCGACGCGAUGAACAUGCGGCAUCCGCUGACGGGCGGCGGCAUGACGGUCGCGUUCAACGACGUGGUGCACAUCUCGCGCCUCUUGUCACCCGAGGCGGUGCCGAAUCUCGAAGAGACAUCCGUUGUGCUGAGCGCCAUGAGCCGCUUCCAUUGGGUGCGCAAGGACAGCUCAUCCGUCAUUAAUAUCCUCGCCAUGGCGUUGUACUCUCUUUUCGCAGCCGACGAUGCUGCCCUCACAGCGCUCCAGAACGGAUGUUUCAGAUACUUCCAACGGGGCGGGAAGUGCAUCGAGGAACCGUGCGGGCUACUGUCCGGACUGCUGAAGAACCCGUGGGUAUUAGUGUACCAUUUCUUUGCGGUGGCUUUCUACGCCAUUUGGUGUAGGGCGUUGCAGGGUCCUGUCUGGCGGAUACCCUAUGUUUUCCUUGUAGAAAGCGUUCUUAUUAUCUACAAGGCGUGUAUAGUUAUUGGGCCGUACUUGUUGGCGGAGAUGAGGGCGUAG